CAACACAGUCCAGAGCUGAGCUGAGCUGCGCUGAGUGAGGCCCUGAGAGUGAAAGGUACAGCUACACAGACAGACACUAGUAGACUAGUAGUACCCACUCCACUCCACUCAACUCACGUUCCUCAAACAAACUCUCUCUCAUUUUCUGCGCGCACACACACUACUCACUCACUCACUCCUCUCCUUCCACCACCCUCAUCACCUCCACCCUCGUCACCACCUCUCUCCUCUUCUCCUUCCUGACAACUCGUAUCAAACCCUGAUUCUCUCUCUCUCCUUACUUUUUUCCCUUUUUAGCUUUUUUCUUCAGAGUUUGUUAUUUUAUUUAUUUUUUAUCUGCAAAAGCAGAGAGUGGUGGCAAGAGACUGAAAAGGAAGGGAGAGACCAGAACCAAGAAAAGUAUAGAGUGAGAGGACUAGAGAGUUAGAGAGGGUUAAACACACACUCUCACACAUACCCUUUAGAAAGAGGAAGAAGCCUAGGAAGAAGGAACCGUCUUUUUCUUUUUUCAUGGUGGUUGGUUGUUUUCAAGCUUUGUAUGUAUCCAGCUGGUAGGUAGAUAGCUAAGUUAGUAGGUAGCCAUGGACGCUCCUCUCAAGCUUUCUGCUCUCUUCUUCUUCUUCUUUAUUUGCUCUGCUACCCUUUGUUUCUCGUACGAACCUCGUAACCAUGAAGUGGAGGCUUUGAUUAACAUAAGGGACGCUUUGCAUGAUCCGCAUGGAGCUUUGAACAACUGGGAUCCAGACUCCGUAGACCCAUGUAGCUGGGCUAUGAUUACUUGCUCACCUGAAAACUUUGUAAUUGGCCUGGGAGCUCCAAGUCAGUCUCUAUCUGGAAUUUUGUCCGGGGCUAUAGGAAAUCUUACAAAUCUUCGACAAGUUUUGCUGCAGAACAACAAUAUUUCUGGCAAAAUACCCCCCGAGCUUGGCAAACUUCAGAAGCUUCAGACGUUGGAUCUCUCUAAUAACCGAUUCUCCGGAGUGGUUCCUGACUCGCUUGGUCAACUAAACGGUCUCUUGUACCUGAGGCUGAACAACAAUAGCUUGUCUGGGCCUUUUCCAUUAUCUCUAUCAAAAAUCCCUCAGCUUGCUUUCUUGGACUUGUCUUACAACAAUCUUAGUGGACCAGUCCCCAAAUUUCCGGCCAGAACUUUCAAUAUUGUGGGAAAUCCAUUGAUUUGUGGAAGCAGCUCAACUGAGGGUUGUUCUGGAACUGUCACCCCUAUUCCUCUUUCCUUCUCUCUAGACUCAUCUCCUGGUCAACACAAGUCCAAGAAAUUAGCAAUUGCACUUGGGGUCAGCCUCAGCUGUGUUUUUCUCAUAUUACUAUCAUUUGGUAUUCUUUGGCAUAGAAGGAAGCAACACAACCUAACCAUCCUGAACAUUAAUGAUAACCAAGAAGAGGGGCUCAUAAGCUUGGGAAACCUCAGAAGCUUCACUUUCAAGGAGCUGCAACAUGCGACAGACAAUUUUAGCUCCAAAAACAUACUUGGCGCUGGAGGUUUUGGCAAUGUGUAUAAGGGAAAGAUUGGAAAUGGAACUGUGGUGGCUGUGAAACGGCUCAAGGAUGUGACGGGAACAGCUGGGGAGUCACAGUUCCGAACAGAACUUGAGAUGAUAAGCCUUGCAGUUCAUAGGCAUUUGCUUCGAUUGAUAGGGUAUUGUGCUACAUCUAAUGAGAAGCUUUUGGUGUACCCUUAUAUGUCCAAUGGCAGCGUGGCAUCCCGGCUUAGAGGAAAACCAGCACUAGAUUGGAACACAAGGAAGAGGAUAGCCAUAGGAGCCGCAAGGGGCCUUCUUUAUCUACACGAACAAUGUGAUCCAAAGAUAAUCCACAGAGAUGUCAAGGCUGCAAAUGUGCUCCUGGAUGAUUACUGUGAGGCUGUUGUUGGUGAUUUCGGUCUUGCAAAGCUCCUUGACCACGCUGAUUCCCAUGUCACUACCGCCGUCCGUGGCACUGUUGGCCACAUUGCACCUGAGUAUCUCUCUACUGGUCAAUCAUCUGAGAAGACCGAUGUUUUUGGAUUUGGUAUUCUCUUGUUAGAGCUCAUAACUGGAAUGAGAGCUCUUGAAUUUGGCAAGACCACCAAUCAGAAGGGAGCCAUGCUUGAGUGGGUCAAGAAAAUACAACAAGAAAAGAAAGUGGAGCUAUUAGUGGAUAGGGAGUUAGUGAAUAACUAUGACCGGAUUGAGGUGGGGGAGAUGCUACAAGUGGCCCUACUAUGCACUCAGUACCUACCGGCCCACCGGCCAAAGAUGUCAGAGGUUGUCCGGAUGCUCGAAGGCGAUGGCCUAGCCGAGAAGUGGGCAGCUUCGCACAAUCAUACUAAUCCCAGCAUGAACCUCUUUUAUAAUCCUCACAGCAAAAGUACUUCCCGCCCUACUACUACCACCACCACCCCUGCUUUAAAGCAUGAUUGCAGUGAACAUGAUCGUUCAAGCAUGUUUGGAACAACAAUGGAAGAUGAUGAUGAUGACCAUUCCUUGGAUUCUUAUGCCAUGGAACUCUCAGGUCCAAGAUAAAACAAAACCCAAAGAAAAAAAAAGAGAAAGUGAUAAGAAAGUACAAGAAAAAAAGUAUUCUUUUUUCCUUAUUCUUUACAACCCAAAAUUUACUUAUGUUUACUUUGCAUAGAUAUAGGUUUUUAAAUUUUCCCAUCUACUAAAAAAAAGCGAACUUUUUCUUUUCUCUUGUAAUAUAUGGUUUUCUCCUAUGUGGGUUUUGUAAUGUAAAUGAAAUGUGACCCUCCCUCCUUCCUUAUUCACAUGUCUGAGUAUGUAUGGUACAUUCAAUUCAAAUGGGGCAUCAUAUUGAGACUUUUGGUGUA